AUGAAGGCCGUAACGCCUCUCCAGCGCGGCAUGGCCUGUCUCUGCUGCCGCAAACGAAAGAUGAAAUGCGACGGGCUGCGGCCUGUCUGUUCGCAAUGCCUCAAAGCCAACCGCGGCGUCGACUGUCAAUAUCACGAGAAGAAACAUGUCAGUCGCACGCAGCUUCUCCAGCAGAAGGUCGCGAAACUGGAGGCGCGUCUGCGCGAACUCGAGUCUGAGCAGGCAGAGUCGUCUGCGAGUGGCUCGAGUUCAGGCUCGUCCCCGUCGCCCCCGCCCUUUCAGCGCCCAUCCAGAUCCUCUAUCGGGAGCUGUGGACGCUCCCUUAACUGGGAUCACGAUUUCUCGACCAUCAACUUGACAGACACCAUCCCAGCCUCGCCCACAAACAGUCUACACCCUGGUGAUACCCAUGGCCCGGCAGCGCUAUCAAACCUCGAAAUAUUCUUCUCGCAUCGGCACCAGUGCGCAUUCGACUGCCACCUUACCAGGUUCAGCGCAUCCCUCCAUCUAGCCCAUCCGCACCAACCUCAUCCCGCUCUGAUGGACGCGAUUUACCUCAUGGCCUGCUACUUCUCACGUUUACCGCAUCUCAGCGAGCUCGAACCCCACUUCCUAAAGCGUGCGCUGGCCGGGAUUUCGGAAGCCCUGCAUCAGCAGGACAGGAUGGUCCAAGUACUGCAGGCUUCGUCACUGAUCGCCGUGUACUUCUUCUGUCAAGGGCGUGUGCUCGAGGGGUACUAUCACUCGUCGACGAGCGCGCGACUGGCGAUAGACGUCGGCCUCCACCAGAUUCGCCCCACUAUGGAGUGGUCGGGCAUCCAGUCGGGGCUCGGCGGCGCGGGCGCGUCUGCGUUCCCCACCGACGCGACGUUCCCGCUGCCCCCCGUGAAGGACUCAGUGGAACACGCAGAGCGCGUCGCAGCGUUCUGGCAGAUAUUCAUCGUCGAUCGCGCGUGGUCAGUUGCAACCGGUCUUCCGUCGGCGCUCCCGGAUGAUGACCACCCGCGGACGCAAAUCGCGACGUCCUGGCCAAUGGGCAUUGUCGAUAUGUCAAUGAGCCCCGACGCAAACGUCAACACCCUUCAGGCGCUUGUCGGCUCUUCAAUGUUAGGAAGCAGCAGCGGUGCCGGUUCCAACGUGACCCUUCGAGCGAAGGCGGUUAUGCUCUUCGAACGUACCGCGCGCUUCGCAUCGUCUUCGAGGAGCGAAUCAGACUGGGCAGGGCAGCGGUCACUCGAGAUGUCCCUCGCGCAGUUCUCCGCCAACCUCCCAGGGAUCAGCCGACAUACGAACCAGUUCGUGCCGACGCGUGCGGACGGGGACCUGGUCACGAUCCAUACGCUUAUCUACACCGCGACCAUCCACCUCCACCGGGAUCAUAUUGAGACGCAGACGCCGUCGUUCGAGAAGUGUCUAUACGCAGCGAGCUCGGUUGCGGCGUUGGUGCGCGAGCUGAACGAGGACGAUUACGCCUUCCUCGACCCCAUCAACAGCACGUGCUGGCGCGCUGUAGCGGACGUCUACGCGCGCAUGCUCAGCAGCACGCAGAUCGAGCAGCUGCAGUACGACUCGCUGGCCAUCACGAACGAGCUGAACGUCCUUCUCGCGGCCAUGCGCCGCCUGGCGCUCUUCUUCCCCGUAGCCGCCCUUCCAUGA